ACCUGGAAGCACACAGAAAAUGGUACCUUGUGCAAAGAUGUCCAAUGCAUUGUCAUUUAUCUUGCUCUUCAUAUUCCCAAUGCUGCUGUCAGGGGCUUGGUUUCCCAAAACUUUACCCUGUGAUGUUAAAUCUUCAGAAGAUACUGUGACAGUGGACUGCACCGACCGGCGCAUUACAGAAGUCCCCAGAGGGAUCCCUGGAAACGCGACCAACCUUACUCUGAGUAUUAACCAUAUUCCCCACAUCUACCCAACAUCCUUUGAUCAUCUUGAAAACCUCCAGGAAAUUGACUUCAGAUGCAACUGUGUGCCUGUCAAAAUGGGGCCCAAAGAUAAUGUGUGCACCAGCCCACUGAAAAUUGAGAACGGCAGUUUUGCUGCCCUGACAAGACUGAAGUCAUUGUAUUUGGAUGCAAACCAGUUGGGAGGAAUACCCCGAGGUCUUCCUGCUACUUUAACCUUGCUGAGCCUGGAAGCAAACCAUAUCUUUUCUAUCCAAAAAGCCAGCUUCUCAGAGCUAGCAAACAUAGAGGUAUUGUAUCUUGGACAGAACUGUUACUACCGCAAUCCAUGCAAUGUUUCAUUUGAAGUUGAGGAAACAGCCUUCCUGGCACUGAAAAAGUUAACAAUUCUAUCCCUGAAGUCCAAUAACUUAACACAAGUCCCACCCAAUUUGUCAUCUACUCUAAAGGAAUUGUAUAUUUACAACAACAUGAUUCAAGAGAUUCAAGAACAGGAUUUAAGAGGCCUUCCCAACCUAGAAAUUCUUGACCUAAGUGGCAAUUGCCCACGCUGCUAUAAUGCCCCAUAUCCUUGCAUUCCCUGUCCCAAGAGCUCAAUUCAGAUACAUUCAAAGGCUUUUGACUCCUUGGAAAAUUUAAGGAUUUUGCGGCUUCACAGUAACUCUCUUCAGAUCAUACCCAGCAGCUGGUUUAAAAACCUCAAGAAUCUGAAAGAACUUGACCUCUCCCAAAAUUUCCUUGUGAGGGAGAUUGGAGAUGCCCAGUUCUUGACAUUUCUUCCCAGCCUUGUGCAGCUUGAUCUGUCCUUUAACUUUGAGCUGAAGGUGUAUUCUCCCUACUUGAAUCUUUCUAAGACAUUUUCCUCCCUCUCUAACCUGGAAACUCUGAGGCUCAAGGGUUAUGUCUUUAAAGAACUGAGGGCACGAGAUCUACAUCCACUGCUCAGUCUUAGGAAUCUAACCAUGUUGGAUCUCGGGACUAAUUUUAUUAAAGUUGCAGACAUGACAGUGUUUAAAGAAUUCCCAGCUCUUAAGUUCAUUGACCUCUCAGUGAAUAAAAUUUCUCCUUCUUCUGGGGAAAGCAACUUCUGUGGAUUUUGCUCUAAUCCUGGCAUUUCAGUUGAGCAAUCCAACAGGCAAUUACAACGGGAGAUGCAUUAUUUCAGGUAUGAUGUGUACGGGCGAAGUUGCCGUUCCAAAGACAUAGAAGCUUCUUCCUACCAAUCUUUAGUUAAGGAAGAUUGCCUAAACUAUGGAAAAACUCUGGACUUAAGCAGAAACAAUGUAUUUUUUGUUAACCCCUCAGACUUCCAAGGACUUAGCUCCCUCAAAUGUCUCAACUUGUCAGGUAAUGCAAUAAGUCAAACUUUAAAUGGAAGUGAAUUCUCUUACUUGUCUGAAUUGAAAUAUCUGGAUUUUUCUAACAACAGAGUCGAUUUGCUAUACCAAACAGCUUUCAAAGAACUUAAACUUUUAGAAAUUCUAGAUCUGAGCAAUAACCAGUAUUAUUUUCUGGCAGAAGGUGUUACGCAUGUGCUUAGUUUUAUGAAAAACCUAGCCCAUUUGAGGAAGCUGAUGAUGAAUGAGAAUGACAUUUCUACCACUAUUGAUGUGGGAAUGGAAAGUCAAUCUCUUCGAAUUUUAGAAUUCAGAGGAAAUCGUUUAGAUGCUUUAUGGGUGGAUGGCAAUUCUAGGUACUUGUCCUUCUUCAAGAAUCUGACCAGCCUGGAAGAACUGGAUAUUUCCUUCAACUCGCUCAGUUUUUGCCUCAUAGUGUUUUUGAAGAAAUGCCUCCCAGUCUCAAGAUCCAACUUAACAAAUAAUCGACUGAAGAGUUUUAUCUGGGGAAACCUCCCCUCUCUGAAGAACCUAGUAACUCUGGACCUGAGCAAUAACUUUCUGACUAACGUUCCCCGAGAACUGUCCAACUGCUCUUCAUCUCUCCAAGAACUGAUGCUCCGAAAUAAUCGCAUUCAACGAUUGACUAAAUAUUUCCUCAGAGGUGCUUUUAAAUUGAGGUACUUGGACCUCAGCUCAAACAAGAUUCAAAUAAUUAGGAGAUCUAGCUUUCCUGAAAAUGUCAUUAACAACCUGGAGAUGCUGCUUUUGCACGGCAAUCCUUUCAAGUGUAACUGUGAGGCUGUGUGGUUUGUCUGGUGGAUCAAUCGGACACAGGUCACCAUCCCUCUUCUGGCCACUGACGUCACCUGUGCUGGCCCUGGGGCACAUAAGGGAAGGAGCGUGGUUUUCUUGGAUCUGUACACCUGUGAGCUGGACACAUCAUACCUGAUCCUGUAUGCUCUGACAGCUUCAGCCAUCCUUGCCUUAAUGGUGAUCCCAGUGAUGAGCCAUCUGUACUUCUGGGAUGUGUGGUACAGCUACCAUUACUGCACUGCCAAGCUGAAGGGCUACCGGCGCUUGUCUUCUCCAGCUGCUUGCUACGACGCCUUUAUUGCCUAUGACAGUGAAGACCCCGCUGUGAAUGAGUGGGUGCUGCAAGAGCUGGUUGAAAGGCUGGAAAACCAAAAAGCCAGGCAGUUCAAUUUAUGCCUGGAAGGAAGGGACUGGCUCCCAGGACAGCCAGUCUUUGACAACCUUUCCCAGAGCAUUCAGCUGAGCAAAAAGACCAUAUUUGUGCUGACCAACAGGUAUAUUAGAAGUGGCCGCUUCAAGACUACAUUUUAUAUGGCUCAUCAGCGGCUUCUGGAUGAAAAAAUGGAUGUCAUCAUCUUGAUAUUUCUUGAGAAGGUUUUGCAGAAGUCCCGCUAUGUGCGUCUGAGGAAGAGGCUGUGCAGAAGUUCAGUCCUGGAAUGGCCAACUAAUCCUCAGUCUCAGCCCUACUUCUGGCAGUGCCUGAAAAAUGCCAUAGCUAUGAGCAAUUCUCAGGCUUACAACAAGCUUCUCCUAGAAACUGUUUAGUUCUCCCCUUUUUAUUAAAUAUUGUUAUGAUACACAUGCACCUUGCUUGACACUUUUUAGUGUGCAGGAAGAAAUGAUGCACUACCCCCUGGAAGUCACUGUUAUAGAAAAUCACUACUUCCAGCUUUUAGUUCACUAUAGGCCUCCAGCAUCUCCUGUGUUUGGGACAAGUGUGGUUUAGACCCUUGGUCAACAUGCUAAAUAUGCAGAGUGAUGGAGUGGUUGGACAAUACCUAAAGUUGCUGCUGUUCAGACACUGUUGGAAUAAAUGGGAUUUUAAUAAAAAUGUACAGUUUAACUAUUUGCUGUAUUUAUGAAAAUCAAGAAAAGAAAUCGCUGACACAUUUCUGUUAGGACAUAGCUUUAGAAAAGCUCAU